GGAAGAUGAUGAUGAUGAUGAUGGACGAAGGCAACGAGAUACUGAAGAAAUUGGACGAUAGCACCCGCGAUGCCCAGAGUCUCCAGUUCCAGACCCUUCAAUCUAUCCUUCAACGCAACGCCCAUGUUGGUUACCUUCAACCCCAUCUCCAACCCUCCCAACGCCAUGAUUAUGAUAAUGAUCCUCCCACUCUCGCCCACCCAGACACCUUCCGCCGCCUUGUCCCGCUCUCCUCCUACGACGAUUACGCUCCUCUUAUCAACGGCAUCGCCGACGGUCUCCACCCUCCUUCCCUCCUCUCCUUUGAUCCUCUCCUCUGUUUCUUCUACAGCUCCGGAACGAGUUCUAUGAGACCAAAAUUGAUCCCUUACUUCGACUCACCACACUCUAAAGCUGCAUCGUUUUUAGCUCACCAGGCAAGUGCCGCUAUCCUUCGAAGGUUGUUUCCUCCCCAACCCUCCGGCGAUAAGAUCCUCUGGUUUCUCUACGCUGGUACUGUCACAGAGACCAAAGGCGGCUUCAAAGCAAUGGCAGCCUCUGCAUUCCCCUUCCACAACAACAGUGGCAAUAGAUCCUCCCCUAUACUCUCUAUCUGCGCGAGCCCCCAAGAAGUCAUCUUGGCCACCACAGAUAUUCACCACCAGACGUACUGCCACCUCCUCUGCGCACUCCGCAACCCCGAUUCGAUCAGAGGCAUUCGAACUCCCUAUGCUAUCGGCUUAAUACGAGCAUUUCGCCUUCUUGAAUCCAUGUGGGAACAAUUCUGCGAGGAUCUCCUACUCGGCUCUGUUAGUCCCCACAUCACCCAUGUUUCAAUGAGAGACGCCGUCUGUACAAUACUUGGUGGCCCACAACCUCAUCUUUCCAAUCGAAUUCGAGCCAUUCUUGAAGCAAGGCAAUGGGGUGGGAUCUUGCCCAAGCUCUGGCCUAAUGCACGCUUCAUUGCGUGUGUCACCACUGGAAGCAUGAAGCAGUAUUAUCAGAAGCUCAAGUUCUACGCAGGAGAGAUGCCAGUAUUGGGUAGUGAUUACUUCACUUCAGAAUGCCCUGUGGGAAUCAACUUGGAUCGCACCCAACCACCUGAGCUGACCAGAUACGUGAUCCUCCCCACUGCAGCCUAUUACGAGUUCCUUCCCUUCGAUUUGGAUGGCACAGACAUUGGUGUUGCAGGGGAAACUGUGGAUAUCUCAGGAGUAGAAAUUGGGAAGGAAUACGAAGUGGUUGUGACUACUUACAGAGGAUUGUUUCGGUAUCGUCUGGGUGACAUUGUGAGAGUUGUUGGUUUCUAUAAUUCGUCCCCGCAACUGGAGUUUAUCAUGAGAGCUCCUAAAUCUACUGCCGAAGACUUGACGGAGAGGGAUUUAAUGUCUGCCAUGGAAUGUUUCCAAAUCAUGCUAAGAGAUGAAGCCAUGGGAGAGAUUGUAGAGUUUGCAAGCCACAUGGACUUGGACUCAAAUCCGAGGCAUGUAACGAUUUUUGUUGAAGUUGGUGAAGAGGGUCUGUCCCUAUUGAACGAGAAGUCAGUUGGUGUUCUAAGGAGGUGGUGUUCAUUUCUUGAGGAGUGCUUGGGAGGUAUAUACAAGGUGCAGAGGAGAAGGGGUGAUCUUGGACCUUCGGUGCUGUCCAUUGUGAAGCCUGGUAGCUUCGAUGGAUUGCUCCUCGCAGCUGUGGAGAAAGGAGCUCCUGCAAAUCAAUACAAAGCCCCCAAAAUCAUUAGAAACCCUUGGAUGAUCGAUUUCAUGGAAGCUUCUGUUGUUUUGCGCGCUACCAUUGAGUAAUUGAUUCCAUGGAAGUUCCCAAAUAAUUGACAGAUCUAUACAAUUUGAU